CCUCCGGCUGCCUUACGACGAAGAAGUAAGCGAAAGAAGCGAAAAUUGUAAACAGCCUACUAAAGGUUGAGUUGCCCUUCUCGUACGGACAGUUUCGUUUUCUCCCUGUCGCUAGAGGCACAACCAAGACGGCAAGGAAAUAGCACCAGGUUGAUGGAGAAGAAUGGCCCGAAUCUCGUUGGACUGUCCCUACUCUUUACCAGGGAUCCCCCUCAGUGUGCUGUCGGUGCCCAUGGAGAAUAAAUACAAAUGUCAGCAGUGUCUCCAGGUCCUGAGGAGGCCUGUCCAGGCUCAGUGCGGCCACCGCUUCUGUCUAUGCUGCUUCAAGCAGCUCACCAGUUCUGGCCCAAAACCUUGUGAAGCCUGCCGCCAAGAAGAAAUAUAUGAGGAGCCUAUUUCCAUUCUGAAUAGUAAUGAGGCAUUUCCAGACAAUGCAGCAGGUCGAGAAAUUGCAAGUCUGCCAGCCAGGUGUUUGAACCAAGGCUGCAACUGGACAGGCUCAAUAAAAGAGUAUGAGGCUCAGCAUGAAGAUCGCUGUAAAUUCGAGCGGAUUCAGUGCGAGGCCUGCAAAACCAUGGUCCUUCGUACAGAGAAGGACCGCCAUAAUGAAAGAGAAUGUGAGGCAAGAACGCUCAACUGCAAAUACUGCAAAAUGACCUUCAACUUUAAAGACAUCAAGGCCCAUGAUGAAAUCUGCCUGAAGUUUCCAUUACAAUGCAAGGACUGUGGCAAGAAGAAGAUCCCAAGAGAAAAGUUCAACGACCACAGCAAGACCUGUGCCAAGUCAAAGAGCGCCUGUCCAUUCAGUGAAGUGGGCUGCAAAUCUGUGGUAGAGAACGGGAAGCUCAGCGACCAUGAGCACAGCAACAACAUGGAGCACUUGCGUUUACUGCUGUCCAUGGUGCUGUCAGUGAGUCGGACACGUGCAGAGGCUUCUGGUCCCGGGGAGUGGCAGGAUGACUAUGGUCUGGGCCUGUACCGGGGUCCUGGCGAGGGACUCAUUUCAGAGGCCGGAGCUGAGGUCUCUGUGGACCUGGAAACAAAGGUGAAAGCUUUAGAAAACAUCGUGUGCGUCCUGAACCGGGAAGUGGAGCGCAGUUCAGUUACAUUGGAGGCUUUCUCACAUCAACAUCGUUUAGACCAAGAAAAGAUUGAAAAUCUGUCCAACAAAGUACGACAGCUUGAAAGGAUGCUGAGUGCGAGAGACUUACAGCUGUCUGAGACAGAGCAGCUGGUGCGAGAACUCCAGUUCUGCACGUACGACGGGAUAUUUGUCUGGAAAAUCUCAGACUUCUCACGCCGCAGGCAGGAUGCCGUGGCCGGUCGAACACCAGCAAUGUUCUCACCUGCAUUUUACUCCAGCAAAUAUGGAUACAAAAUGUGUCUGAGGCUGUAUCUGAACGGCGAUGGGACGGGUCGAGGGACACACCUUUCACUGUUCUUUGUUGUCAUGAGGGGCAAGUGUGAUGCUCUGCUCAAAUGGCCAUUCAGUCAGAAGGUGACUCUGAUGCUCUUGGAUCAGAACAACAGGGAGCACAUUAUCGAUGCUUUCCGCCCUGACGUCACCUCCACCUCCUUCCAGCGGCCGAUCAGUGAGAUGAACAUCGCCAGUGGCUGCCCGCUCUUCUGUCCACUGGCUAAACUGGCUGGCAAGAGCCCCUAUCUGAGAGAUGACACAAUUUUCAUUAAAGCCAUUGUAGACCUCACAGGUUUAUAAAGUGUAGACUGUGGAAGCUGCACCAAAAAUAUAUAGAAAACAUAACAAUAAUGAUAAUAUAUAGCUAUAUAAUAUUUUUUAAACUAAAACACAUUAUAAUAUAAAAUAUGUGAGAAUGAUAUUACAUUAUAUCAUAUUUACACUAUACAUUAUAAUAUAAUCAUUUAUAAGAGUCACAUUAUGUUGGAGCUAGUGCAGCAUCAUGGUGGUAGAUCCUUAAUGGGUUUAAGAGCAAGCGAGAAAGUGAAAUGGUUCUUUGAUGAUAAAAGAGGUCUGCAAUCAUCUGUCAUCCGAAUGUGACCCUCUAAUUAUUCAAAUGAACUCUUAUAUCUAUCUAAAACUAAAUAUUAUUAAAAAUAUCUGUAUUAAAUGUAUUAUUAUAUAUAUACUGCAAUAAUCCAGACUAUAUUUUGCAUUGUGUGGUUAUGACGGGUUAGGGUUACGGUUAGCUUAACCCUAACCCGUGUGUAAUUUUUUUUCCCAAAUGAGUGGUUGCCGUAACCCUGGGAGACCAAACUUAGACACACAAUCCUAAAGCAAACAGUUUGAUACGUCAGUAUUAACUAAGUAAAUGACAGACAUAAACAAACAAGUCAUAAUGAAAGUCUGUUUCACUGUACCUGUAAAAUGUUGUCUCCCACUGAAAAAAAAAUGGCCUAACAUAGACUAAUACAAGCCUGGAGUGUAAUCUGUAGCAAAUAAAAUCAAUUUACACAUAUAAGAAAAACAUUUAUAACUACUGUUUAGCCAAAAUACCUGUUUAACUCAGUUGUCCUACUUACUAGAAAGCGUUCUCGCUUAUAUUCCUUAUAUAUAAAAUACCCACGUUACUAUACUCUACACUAUAUGUUUCCUUUGCACUAAUGAUGCUUUGGUGUAUUUUUUGAUUAUACAUUUAUACCAAGCCUAAUAAUCAGCUUAAAUUUUGUGUGGAAUGUAGAAAUAAAUUUUACAAUCAUAUGUAAAUGCGUUACUAUAUAAUAUACAGUGUAUCACUUUAAAUGGAUAUAGGUGCAUGAAAUUUCCUUUUUUUACUCCACGUGGAUGAAGUGAUACCAAUCCCCUGUGUGUAUCUGUGUGUUUUUGUCCUACACAUAAUAAACUUCUUUGGCAUGUU